AUGUCAGAUCCUCAGUUGUCUAUUGACGGAACCCUAAAUGGUAAAACUGCAAAUCUAUUACCAUCAACCCUUCGACAUUCGCAUUCAGAAGAAAUCGAUAACGGUGUAUCCAACAUUGACGUCGACUGGUUGUUCCGAAGUAGAUCCCAAAAACUCUCAAAAAAGGUCAACAAGUUAAACAACUCCAAACUUGCAUUGGACACCGACGUUGCCAAACAAGACAAGAAACAAACUCCACCAAACACUCCCAAAUCUGAACCUAAAUCUACUGAAGACUCCAAAAUAGUCACCCCUAUUGACCAAACAAAAAAUACACCCGUCAAUGGAACCGCUAAAUCUGCAUCAACCGGUGGGAGAUCACGUUCAGUAUCUGCAUCAAUCGUGGAAACCAAGUCAGCGUACCUCAAUUCAGACCCACAACCACGAAGAGGAAGUUUGAACCUACCAUUGCCUGCACAGAACAAUGCAUCCACUCCAUCUGCAUCUACAUCUACAUCUACUACACGUCGAUUAUUUGGGUCCAUUUCUUCAAAGUUCAAAUCUGGCUCCCCGCAGUCUUCCCCAACUUCCUCACCAAAAGUCGCAGUGGCAAAGUUGGCCAGUGCGUCUCCAUUAAAGACAGUCCCCAACGAUUUGCCUUCGAAUAUUAACAAACCUCCUGCGGGAAGUGGCAUCCCAGGCGCUGCAGCACAAACGAAAAGACGCUCUUCGCUAUCAUUAAAGGCAAACUCGGGACUAUUUAAAGAUUCGUUUAAAGAUGAUAACGCUCCUGCACCACCUAAAGCUUCUUCAGAAGGAUUGAAGUUUUUCAGAAGAAGAUCGUCAGUCACUCCCGCUACUGUACCACAGCCAUCACCAGCAGCUCCUGUCAUUCCUAAGCGCCAAAUCUUGAACAAGAACGCCAACAAGAAAACAAUCCCCAUCAAGGAAUUGCAGGAUGUUCACUUGCGAAGAGUUACUUUCGCUAUUGACAAGCUCGAAUACGACCCUCAGCAGCAAAUCCCCUCUCGUCGUCCUAAACGAGGUAACGUCAUAAUCCCCCAGGAGAUUGCAGCCCCUCCACCAAGAUUAUGUCAAGGUAUUGCCAUGAAUGAUGCUUCAAGCAAGGACUCGGCCCAGCAAAAACAAGCAUAUACCGAACGAGAAAUUGCCAUGGCUUUGGAAGCCCAGAAACGAGCAUUGCAAAUGGCUGAGAAGCAUGCCCAUGAUGCCUACAUGCAAGCAAAAAAGGUUGCUCAGGAAGUUGCCUCAUUCAAACCAUCAAAGCUUUCCAAGGAAAAGAAACAGGAACAGGAGUUGGAAGAAGAACAAGAGUUGAAGUUGCUAUUGAACAAGGCACAUGCUCAUGUCGAUAUUGAUAAACCUUUGCAUGUACAUGAACAGCACUUUGAAAAGGAAGUUCAUGAUAAACAGGGUGUAACUUUAGAAAUGAUUUAUACUAGAUGCUGCCAUUUACGUGAGAUUUUACCCAUUCCGGCCACAUUGAAGCAAUUGACAAAUAAAACUGCACCAUUACAAGUGUUGAAAUUUUUGAAUCCCAAACCAACAUUAAUCGAUGUGUUAUCGUUCUCAGACUUUAUCGCAAUCACACCAAUUUAUACUGUGAUUUUUGAUAACGUCACCAUGACCACAGAAAUGUUGAAGCAUUUUCUUGGUUCAUUAGCAUACAACAAAUCUUUGGAAAAACUUUCCCUCAGAAACGUCGCUAUUGAUGACCAAGGUUGGAAAUUCCUUUGUAAGUUCUUGUCUCGAAACACCACUGUCAAGAAGUUGGAUAUUUCUCAACAAAAGUAUAAACCCGACACUAACCCAGGCUUAAUUCGAGCAAAUAUGAAUUGGGAUUUAUUUAUCAAAGCAAUUAUAUUGCGUGGUGGUAUCGAAGAGUUAGUCAUUAACGGAUGUAAAUUGACCGAUGAAACAUUCACCAAGCUUAUCAAUGAAGCCGUCAAGAAAUCCACUCGUAGAUUUGGUAUUGCUGGAAUCGAUUUGAAUUUAACCAAAGCAGAAGUGGUUGCUGGUUGGUUAACUGAUCCAGAAUCAAAAUGUGUCGGGGUGGAUAUUGCCUCCAAUGAUCUUGGCCAAGGUCAAUUAAUACCAUUCAUCAAUGCAUUCAACAAGGGAACGGUGGAAAAUCUUGUCUUCUUUUCGUUAAACUCGACACAAUUGACCGAUGUUGAACAAGCUUCAGAUUUAAUCAAGGCAUUGGCUAAUGUCAAAACAUUGCGAUUCUUGGAUUUAAGUUCAAUACCUCAUGUGUUCCCAGGGCUCAUUGCCACCUUGGCCAAGUACCUACCAAGGUAUUAUAAUUUAAGACGGAUCCAUUUUGAUUUCAAUGAAUUGACCUCCAAGGCUAUUGGUCUGAUUGCAGCAUUCUUGCCUAAAGUUCCUCGAUUAUUCCAUGUUUCAUUAUUGGGUAAUCGAGAUUUAUCACCUGCAGCGGUAUUCACCUUGUAUACGGCUGUCAAAUCUUCAAAUACGUUACAUGCGUUAGAUUUAGAUUAUGAUUUGGUUUCGGAAGAUUUAGCAUCAAGAAUAGCCUUCUAUUUGAUGAGAAACAUGGAUACAUCACUCAAACCAGAAUACUUUGAAGGCACGGCCGAAAUUGACCAAGAAGAUUUAAUGUUUGAUGGAUCUUUAUUAAUGGAAACUGCAGAGAAGUUGUUGAUGGAAGUGGACAAGGGGAAACAAGAAGAAGACGCCAAGAUUCAACAAAUUAUUACCGAAACAAUCAUGGAAAGAACAAGAGCAAUCAGAAAGGACAUUCAUGCCACUAUUGAUAAAUUAUUUGAACUAAGAAAAGCCGGUACACUUUCGUUUGAAGGUAAGGAAACCCUAGUCAGAUUUUGUCUCCUCGAUGCAUCGCUUGAGAAAUUAGUUCACAUGUUUGAGGAACAUGGCACCGUUAGUAUGGCAGUGACACCAACUUCGGAACAGCCACCUCGUGUGGAAACACCACCGCUAUCUCGUGUGGGAAGUGGAUGGAGGUUGGCUACACUCACUGGGUUGCAUUUGCAUGAAAGUUCUUCAGAAUUACUUACCUCGGGACCAAUCUUGUCGGCGCAUAAUAUCAAUUCGCAACAACAGGACUACUUCUCGUCAGCAUUAAUGAGCAAUGAUCAAAACUUGCAUCCUCACCAAGUCGUGGUGGAAUCGGACGGUGGUAAAGACGUUGCCGUUGAUAAGACCACCGGAAGACCGGUAUUGCUCCGCUCAUUAAGUCAGACUUCGUUGUAUGCAAAAGAGCAAGAGUUGGAAGAAGGUGAUUUCCUUAGAUUAGGGGCAUUCUUGCAGCUGAGAGAAAAUGAAGAACCAUCAUCGCCUAAAUCGGAUAAACUCAAUGAUAAAAAGAGCGAGUUCCCCUUGCUUAGUGGAUUACCAUCGGGUUCUGAAUUACGUCAAGCAAUUAUGGGCGCCAAGGGGAUUAGAAAUGUUACGGAAUUGAUUGACAAGAUUCAAACUAAUCGUAUUACCUUGGAGAAGUUGAUUCCUGAAGAAGGUGCCGUUAUGGAUUCAGAAGAUUCAAAAUUGACGACUGUUCAAUCUCACGACGAUGAUAAGGAUACGAUUAACACCAGUGGCAGCUCAUCUAAAGGAACUGAUGAGGAUACAGCCGUUGAUCCUAAAGUCGAUGAAGUUUACGAUAAGUUGUUAAACGAUGCGGAAAAGAGGGUGCGGGAUAAGAAGCACCAUCAUAGUCACCAUCAUCAUAGUUAG